UUCUCCCGCGGCUGCUCCAAAGCCGCCAGCCCCGAGGCCGCGCCGGAGAGAACCCGGCGAGCUCGGAGCUCUGCCGGCCUGGAGCAGCCCCUGGGGUGCAGGACGUCUUGGAUACACCGGCUUUGGAGGUUCCGUCGAGUGGAGACCGCGCGAGAACCCUGGGGAACGGUGGCAAGCUGCAGAAUACAGAGAAUGGUGCUGCAUUUUUAUGGUUCUGGCAGUGUGCUAUGGUUGGGAUGGCAACAUUGGUAGAUGCAGGCAGUGACCACCUCUGCAGAGCCCCAUGAACACAGCAGGUGUGAAGGCCAGGCUGGCAGCCGUGGAGAUGAAGGCCUGGAGCUGGGGCUUAUGGACACAGGGACAGAUGUGUACGUGGGUCUGAAGCACACUGCACCGUGGCCACGGGCACCCUGCCCCAAUAAUAUGACAACAGCUCAGAAUGGCCAUGGGCAAGGUGCUGUGGCCACCUGUUCAACUUCAGAUCCAAAGGACCCCAGAAUGGUGACUAACCCAGCAUGUCAGAAUGGAGGCUGUCGGAGCAGCCCUGGCAGCGACACUGAAGCCUCUGAAGCCAGAAUCAGCCCUUCCAAACUCGUGCGUCUGUUCUCUGUGAGCCGGAAAAGGAUGAGUGCCAACCCUGAGAGGCCCCGUUCCAUGGUCCUGAUGGGGAAUUCCUCAACAUGGAAUGCACUGGCCUCCUUCCGGAAAAUGGGAUCUUUUAAAAAACUGAAGUCCUCUGUCUUUCAAGGAAUUCAGAACCGGGAGGGCUCAGGUACCUCAAAGGAAGAUGCAUCAGAGCACGACCUGGGAAAAGCCAUCCCUAAUGGUGCCGCCGUGGGAAUUGAUGCGAGCAGGUGCUCCUUUUUGGGACAGUCAGAUGACCUCCACAGGGCAGGGGAAGGGGCCACGUCUGACGGCUCUGACCCAGAGGAUGUGGACGAUGCCUUCCAGAGGAGUACCCAUCGCUCCCGCAGCAUCCGCAGAGCCUAUGGCCUGGGCCGCAUCAAUCUACUGGAUUCUGAGAAACAUCACACCCCUCAGAACCAUGUUAGGCCCCUGUCCCCCAUCAUUCAGGAGCCCACCCUGUGUGAAAUCCUAGUGAAGGACUCUGAAAACAAUAGCAUCAUCUACAGGAGGAGCAAGAGCACAGACAACUUAAACUUCCUGAAGAAAAGUUCCUUCAAGCGAAAGUCCACCUCCAAUCUCGCAGACCUCCGAGUGGCUAACGAAAAGCAGACACCCCAGCGGACCCUAAGCAGUUCGUCUGCAGACUCCGAAAAACUUGGUGGGUCAGAGAGAAGGACGAAACGCUGGAAGAGCCCCAUAAGGGCCAAGGACUUUGACCGAGUCUUAAAACUUAUGAGCAAUGUGACCGAUGCUGCCUGGAAGAGAGAGGGUUCCAAGAGUGGGGCCCCAUCCCCCAGCGAGGCAAACCUCAGACUCCGGCUCCACAGCAGACUGCAUGAUGACUAUUCACGCCGGGUGUCCAGCAGCACCGAGCAGGACAGGAGGCGAGGCGUGUCGCCUGGGCACAGUGCUGCUGCGUCCUGCCCCACAGCCCCUGGCUUCAGCUCCGCCACUUCUCAGGAGCCCCGCAUGGACGUCGACACAGCUGUGUUCCCUCUUGAUGCCCCAAACUCCCAGGCAUCAGAAAAUGAUAGUCCCUCUGCCAGCAGCCCCUCAAGUCCACUUGAUUCAAAAGGGUUGAGCAAAACCUCUAAUGAGCCAAAUGCAGGCAGCCAGUUUACAUUUGACCCCAGGCAGCCUCCCACUCCUCUCAGACCCACCACGCCCAAGCCCCAGAGCCCUCAGAGCCCAGGGACAGGAGGCACCAAGUGUCCCAAUAGUCUCAGCGCGCUGUCCCUGAGUUCAGUGGAAAGCGAAGAAAGGGUAGAAGAUUCCACUCAGAGGGAGCCAAGGCCUGUGUCCUUCCAGGACUCAGUGCAAACUGCAUGUGGUGAUGAAGAUGGCAAUGGUAGUGGUGGUGGCAGCCAUCCUCAGCUGAGCCUUGGUAGGACAGCCAAUCCUGAGGAAAAGAAAGAAGAGGUUGUGACUGGUGAUCCCUGGAGGCCAGGCUUAUCCCAGGAUGAGGAGAGGACAGAGGUGCCCAGGAUCACCAGGAGGAGAUGGGGCUCCGGGAAGCGGUCCAGACCGCGGCCACUGUCUGACUAUGGCCAGCUGAUCAGCCGAAGUUUGUCCAUUCCUGAAGACUCCAUUGCUGUGGACCCCCAGAGCGAGGACUGUGUGGACGGGCCCCCCCUGGCAAACAUGUCCUCCACCGAUUCUGCAGACCAGAAUGUUUCAGUUGGCUGUCCCAAAGAAGGUCGGAGAAGACGCCCCAUUUCUGUGAUAGGAGGGGUCACCUUCUAUGGCAACAAGCAGACAGAGGAAAUCGAGAAUCUUCUAACCCAACCAGCAACCAGGCCACCCGUGCCCGCUCACCAGGUGCCGCCAUACAAGGCAGUGUCCGCCAGGCUCAGGCCCUUCACAUUUUCUCAGAGCACCCCCAUUGGACUGGACCGCGUGGGACGCCGGCGGCAGAUGAGAGCAUCCAAUGUUUCUUCAGAUGGAGGUACUGAGUCCUCUGCCUUAGUCGAUGACAACGGUAGCGAGGAGGACUUUAGCUAUGAAGAACUCUGCCAGGCCAACCCUCGGUAUCUACAACCAGGCGGGGAACAACUGGCCAUUAAUGAGCUGAUCAGCGAUGGCAGCGUGGUCUGCGCAGAAGCUCUCUGGGACCAUGUGACUAUGGACGACCAGGAACUGGGCUUCAAGGCUGGGGAUGUCAUCCAGGUCCUGGAAGCCUCUAACAAAGACUGGUGGUGGGGUCGGAAUGAGGAUAAGGAGGCCUGGUUCCCCGCAAGCUUUGUCAGACUUCGAGUCAAUCAGGAAGAGCUGUCAGAAAAUUCUAGCAGCACACCUGGCGAGGAGCAGGAGGAGGAUGCCAGCACAAGCCGUCAUAAGCACUCUGAGAACAAGCACCAGAUGCGGACAAAUGUCAUCCAGGAGAUCAUGAACACUGAGCGGGUGUACAUCAAGCACCUCAAGGACAUCUGUGAGGGCUAUAUUCGACAGUGUCGCAAGCACACGGGAAUGUUCACUGUUGCACAGCUAGCCACUAUUUUUGGAAACAUUGAAGACAUUUACAAGUUCCAAAGAAAGUUCCUGAAAGACCUUGAGAAGCAGUACAACAAAGAGGAACCUCACUUAAGUGAAAUAGGAUCCUGCUUCCUUCAGCAUCAAGAGGGCUUUGCCAUCUAUUCCGAGUACUGCAACAACCACCCGGGUGCCUGUGUGGAGCUCUCCAACCUCAUGAAGCAGGGCAAGUACAGGCACUUCUUCGAAGCCUGCCGCCUCCUCCAGCAGAUGAUUGACAUCGCCCUGGAUGGGUUCCUCCUCACGCCAGUGCAGAAGAUUUGCAAAUACCCUCUGCAGUUAGCAGAGCUGCUCAAGUACACCACACAGGAGCACAGCGAUUACAACAACAUAAAGGCAGCCUAUGAGGCCAUGAAGAAUGUGGCCUGUUUGAUCAAUGAGCGCAAACGCAAGCUGGAGAGCAUUGACAAGAUUGCUCGCUGGCAGGUGUCCAUUGUAGGCUGGGAGGGAUUGGAUAUUCUAGACCGAAGCUCAGAAUUGAUUCAUUCAGGGGAACUGACCAAAAUCACAAAGCAGGGCAAGAGCCAGCAGCGGACAUUCUUCCUGUUUGACCAUCAGCUGGUGUCCUGCAAGAAGGACCUGCUGCGCAGGGACAUGCUGUACUACAAGGGCCGCAUGGACAUGGAUGAGAUGGAGCUUGUGGAUGUGGAGGAUGGACGGGACAAGGACUGGAACCUCAGCGUGAGAAACGCCUUUAAGCUGGUCAGUAGAACCACAGACGAGGUUCAUCUGUUCUGUGCCAAAAAACAAGAAGACAAGGCAAAGUGGCUGCAGGCCUGUGCGGACGAGAGACGGCGGGUGCAGGAGGAUCAGGAGAUGGGAAUGGAAAUUUCAGAAAAUCAGAAAAAACUCGCUAUGUUAAAUGCUCAAAAGGCAGGACAUGGAAAGUCAAAAGGCUACAGCGGAUGCCCCGUUGCCCCGCCGCACCAGAGCCUGCAUCCCCUUCACCAGCGCCACAUCACCGUGCCCACCAGCAUCCCCCAGCAACAGGUGUUCGCCCUGGCAGAACCCAAGAGGAAACCUUCCCUCUUCUGGCACACCUUCCAUAAACUCACCCCUUUCAGGAAGUGAGCAGCAGGCCCACGCUUCCCCUGACGGACUGUGAAGAAGAGAACCGAGUUUGUUCCUUCUGUGUGAAACCCAGGGAAAAUUUCUUAGUCCCAGUGCUGAAAACUUCUUUGGGGACUCAAUGAAGGAGAGAAAGAAGUUGAACUCACCUUCAUUCUUCAGAGACCCUGCUGCCUUGGCGGAAGGGAGAAGAAGAUUAUGACACAUAGCUCUAUCCUGCACAAGAAGCUCCAAAGAGCACUCUGAGGUGGCUGGGAACCAGUGUCCAGUUCUACAGGAAUGCUGUGGCAGUGGCCCCACAUGCCCUGCUAGUGAUGGGGACACCCUUGCUGCAUUUCCAGACCACCGAGAGCUUUUCAGUGCUAAGGAAAUGAGGAUUGCUUCUGCAUUUGGUUUCGAAGGAAAUCGAUGAGGGAGGGGGAUAAGUAUGAUGCUGCCUCUCCCUACCAUAUGUCUGGUCGCACUUAGAAGGGGAGCUCUUACUCCCUCUGGUAGUAGGGGAUCUACAGCUGCUUGGAGAUGACCAUGGUGUUCCCUGGUGUCAUCUGUGUCCACGCAUUUGCCAAAUGCAAGCUUCAUCUUGCAAGGUGCCUCUUCUUCAAGCUAGUCAGGGAGAUUACAUCCAUCUCCUGGCAGCAACAGCCUGAGAUGCGGAGAAACUGAGGCAUCUCCAGGUCAUGCUACUUUCAAGGCCAGGGAGAAAUGCCACUGCCAGCCAGUUUGUCCUUGGCAAGUUGGAUCCUCACCUGCCUGUGUGCCUUGUGUAACUCCUUGAGCAGAAAUCACAUUUCGCUCAUGCAUCCUAAUCUAAGAAACUGCAUUCAAACAACUGUUUGUGAUAUAAAAGCUCAUUUACUUUAAUUUUUUAUAACAUGAGAAUGCACCAGUUGGAAGGCAUUCUUAAAAGCCUCCUGCUCUUCUUCCAACAGUUGUUUAUAAUGUCUUCACCAGUAAAAUUGCAACUCAGCCCAUGAAGAAAACAAAGGGCAGAGUAAUUCUGCUUCUUGGGGGUUUAAAGCUGCCUUUGUUAUAUAAACCCAAAACAGUAGUGCAUGACUGUGGCAUGCCAACAGGUUCUUGAAGAUUUACCACCUGUAAAAGAAACCUUAACAAAAUAUCUAGGCUCAGAGAUAACAGUCUCUUUUCAAUGGAGGCCACACAGGCUGAUACCUGCAGAUAAUAAUCUCCAUUUCUUUACCUAUUCUGAAAAGUGUGAUGAAAAUAACUUUUCAAUGUGUCUGGAGAAGACAGGCUCUGCACUGAGUGUGCUAACUAGGGAAUAUUGUGUCACAUAGUUUGUGGAUUUUUGUUUGAGAAGCUCAUUUUUUGUAUGCUGUUCUUGCAAAGUUUCUUCCCCCACAGACCCAUGCUUGAGAAUAAACAGGUCUACAAUGUUAAAGGCCAAUGGGUCAACUCCAAGGAUAUAGUUGUCCGCCACCUUGCCAUCUGCAGUUAUUCGUGCAUCAAGAAAACACAACUCUGGACCUCUCUGCUAGGCCCUUAGGGCAUAAUGUGACUAUUCAAAAGCAGGCUUACAUCAGCUUGCUGGACGUUUGCCUUGCCCUGUGACUGACAGCCCCCGGGUUGCUUCUUUUUUACCACAGGUCCCUUGACAGAAGAGGUGCUAUGGCUUCAUGCAUUGGUUGUGUGUGUGUGUGUGUGUGUGUGUGUGUGUGUGUGUGUGUAUGUGUGUCCGUCCCCUUGAAUAGUUGUCUAAAACUCAGUUGCAUUUAUAUAACUAACAUUUUUACUAACAAAAUGUAAUGAUAUAUUUUGAAAAUGACUUUUCUGUGCUAAGUAGAGCUAUUUGUAUGUACAGCAAUUUUGAACAGGUUUUUGUUGUUUUUAAUGUAAUAUAAAAGAAUUACUUUAAGGAAGUAAAAUCACUUGCUUAUGUUACAUUUUCAGUGAGGAUUCAUUCAAGUGAAGAGUCAGAGGACUUGCAUUUGCUAGUAUUGACCAAUAGGCAAUGAGGAAAGGCUUUAAUGUUUUGUGACCAUUCCUAAUUUGUUUCCCAGCUGAGUCCUCACUUCCAGUUCCCAUCUACCUCCACAGACUCCCUAACAGAGAAUCAUGAACACCAGGACAUGUUUUUAUUAAGUCAAGGUCAAUUCAAGACCGGGGAUUGUCCCCGUCAGUUUUAUGCAGCACGAGAGUCACUUGAUCAAAUACCUGUCCAGGUGGAUUCUACUUGGAUUCUGAAGUGAUUUUGAAAACUGCUAACAUGUUUUUGUUUUUUUUUUAAGUCUAGAACAUCCUUUGACUUCUUGAAAAUCUGUGUAGCUUGAGUUUUCUUACUAAAUACCUGGGUUCUGCAAAGAACAGAAUGCCUCAGGUAUUCUCAUUUUUAGCUUGCCAUACUUCCUUCGUGAUUUAAGUCAUGUAUACCUGGAGAGAGAGAAAAAGAAACAACAAAAAACCUCUGCCUGUGUGAAUUUUACUGGGGACCCUGCCCCCUCUGCCCAAUCUCUCUCUUUAUCCUCCCCCGCAACCCUGAGUGGGCCUUUUAAUUUUUUGACCUUAUAAAUAUGUAUGAUUUUUAUGAUUUUAUGUACCAGUUUAAAAAAUAAAUUUUUAAAAAUUUAGAAUAAAAUAAAUAAAUCUAAACUUUUUUUAAAAGAGAAAAGUCAGGCUUAGAUAACUUUGCUGGUUGACACCAUUUUGAUGAUUUUCAUUUGUUCUGUCUUUAGUGUUUCAGAAUUUGCUAAUUCUGUGAAAGACAGUUGAAAUGGCCUUGGGUCAAGAGCAGCUUUCUCAAUUUUGAUCAUACCUAAAUGUACGAGAACCCUGUAGUGAAUUAUAAGCCAUCACAAACAAUAUUUGAAAAGUCCUAGAGAAGGAACAUGCAUUGUCUUUGGCCUGCUAACUAGGAAGAGGGUGACAAGCAGUUUGCUAGCACUUUCACAGGAUACUGUCUACAUGGUUUGUUUUCAGUAAGUCUGGUUUUUGUCUCCCCGCUGGUAGAUCUGAUUCUGUAAUAAACACAUCACCACCAUCAGUGCCAUUUCUAAAUAUUGUGCCAUCUAAUCUAGUUGAGGACUAAUACUACAUCUUAUGAUGCGCUUGUCCAAACACAUAGCAAAAGUGUUUUACUUCAAAAUUUGCUUCACAAUUGGAAUCUUUUGUAAAAGCCAGGUGGUCCAGCAUCUGGCCAAGCAGAAAUCUCUGCAUUCCUGAAUCACUGAUAUUCCUGAAUACAAAUCAGUCUACUUUUCCUAGUCUGAUUUUCCAGAGCUGGGAGAGUGUUACUGCAUUAUUCUUACAUGAAGGAGAAGAGAACUGUGAAGUGUUCUUAAAAGGACAGUGCCAACAAGUGUGAAUAAAAUGUCCUUUCAAUGGCUUACAGGCCAGGGAUGUUGGACAUAACUUCUAUGUUAAACUUUCAGCAAAGUUUUCCCUGUAGCAUGCUUCACCUACAUACUAUUCUCGUUUAUCUUGUUUGUUUUCAAGAUGUAAUUAAUGCAAAUGGAGUUCAAAGAUUUUGGAAAAUAGUAAGUGGAAAAUUCUAGCUGGUCUUGGAAGGAGAUAAAAAAAAAAAAAAAACCCAGAAGCUUAAGUGUUUUAUGUAAAUUUACCUGACAACAACAUACUUUUAUUAUU